UGCCAGCCUCCCAACCCCUCUCCUCCCCCUUCUCCUUCCCCGAACUCAUGUCAUCCACCACGCUAGCGAUAGCCUGACUGAUCGAUAGGCUCGUCGCCAUCGCCGCCGUUGUUGUGACGGCGGCUGAUAUAGCCGGGGGAGAGAUCGAUUGAUUGGUAGCAGUAGUGGUAGCAUCUCCGGAAGCCAGAAGUGGAGAUUCUUUCCUUCUUUGCGCUUUGCCUCCACCAUGAUUCCCUUCCACCUUCGCGCCCGCCAUGCCAUCUAUAGCGCGUUCCUGCCGUUUUAAUGCCUAGUACUCCCUCCUCUCUCUCCUCGUAAAAUAUCCGAUAAAUCGUCGGGAUCCGAGCGGAUCCACUGGGGUUGGUAGGCGGAUCAAUUCCCGGGACGGGGGAGAUUUCAGUCCGAGAAAAAGACGAGUCUUUCUCUGUCAUUUGUAGCUAUCCUGAUCGAUGAGCUUCGGCGGCAUGUUCGACGGCGCCGGCUCCGGCGUCUUCUCCUACGACGCCGGCGGGGGCGGCGCCGGCAUGCACAACCCAGCUGGCCGCCUCCUGCCCUCGCCGAACCUCCCCAGACCCGGUGGCGCCGGCGGUUUCUCAUCCUCCACCGGCCUCUCCCUUGGCCUGACGAACAUGGAAGGUGGGCAGCUCGGCGAUCCGAACCGGCUCGGCGGUCUGCUGGGCAGCGCCGGGAGCGUCGGCGACGGCAGCGACUCACUGGUCCGCGGGCGGGAGGACGAGAACGACAGCCGCUCCGGGAGCGACAACCUCGACGGCGCCUCCGGCGACGAGCUCGAUCCGGACAACGGCAACCCGCGCAAGAAAAAGAAGCGCUACCACCGCCACACGCCGCAGCAAAUCCAGGAGCUCGAAGCUGUGUUCAAGGAAUGCCCUCACCCCGACGAGAAGCAGCGGAUGGAGCUCAGCCGGCGGCUCAACCUGGAGAGCCGCCAGGUCAAGUUCUGGUUCCAGAAUCGGCGCACACAGAUGAAGACGCAGAUCGAGCGUCACGAGAACGCGCUGCUGCGGCAGGAGAACGACAAGCUGCGCACCGAGAACAUGACGAUCCGGGAGGCGAUGCGGAGCCCGAUGUGCGGCAACUGCGGCGGCGCGGCGGUGCUGGGCGACGUGUCGCUCGAGGAGCAGCACCUGCGCAUCGAGAACUCGCGCCUCAAGGACGAGCUGGACCGCGUGUGCGCGCUGGCGGGCAAGUUCCUGGGCCGGCCCGUGUCCGCCAUCUCGUCCCCGCUGAGCCUCCCGUCGUCGCUCUCCGGGCUCGACCUCGCCGUCGGCAGCGCCAACGGCGGCUUCAUGGGCGGCGGCUCCGUGCUGCAGUCUAUCCCGGACCUGAUGGGCGGCGGGCCGGCGGGCAUGCGGCUGCCCGCCGGCAUGAUCGGGGGCGGGCUGGAUGAUGGUGUUGGUGGCGCGGGUGAUGCAAUGGACCGCGGCGUGCUGCUGGAGCUCGGGCUGGCGGCCAUGGAGGAGCUGGUGAAGGUGGCGCAGGUGGACGAGCCGUUGUGGCUGCCCACCAGCCUGGACACCAGCGCAGGCGGCGGGUUCGGCCAGCAGCAGGCGCUGGAGAGCGGUGGGUUCCAGACGAUGAACUUCGAGGAGUACCGGCGCGCGUUUGCCCGCGUGCUCGGCCCCAGCCCCGCCGGCUUCGUCUCCGAGGCCACCCGCGACGUCGGCGUGGCCAUCGUCAGCAGCGUCGACCUCGUGAGCAGCCUCAUGGACGCGGGUCGGUGGUCGGAGAUGUUCCCGUGCGUGGUGGCGCGGGCGAGCACGAUGGAGAUGAUCUCGAGCGGCAUGGGCGGCACGCUCAGCGGCUCGAUCCAACUGAUGCGCGCGGAGCUGCAGGUGCUGUCGCCGCUGGUGCCGAUCCGGGAGGUGACGUUCCUGCGGUUCUGCAAGCAGCACGCGGAGGGCCUCUGGGCCGUCGUCGACGUCUCGGUGGACGGCGUCCUCCGUCCCAACGACGGCGCCGCCGCGGCGGGGUACAUGGGCUGCCGCCUCCUCCCCUCCGGCUGCGUCGUGGAGGACAUGCGCAACGGCUACUCCAAGGUCACGUGGGUGGUUCACGCCGAGUACGACGAGGCCGCGGCGCACGAGCUGUACCGGCCCCUGCUCCGCUCCGGCCAGGCCCUCGGCGCGCGCCGCUGGCUCGCCUCGCUGCGGCGCCAGUGCGAGUACCUCGCCAUCCUCUGCUCCAACCCGCUGCCCUCGCGCGGCGACGGCCACCACGAGGCCAUCUCGCCCGUCGGCCGCCGCUGCAUGCUCAAGCUGGCCCAGCGCAUGGCCGACAACUUCUGCGCCGGGGUCUGCGCCACGGCGGCGCAGAAGUGGCGCCGCCUCGACGAGUGGCGCGUCGAGGGCGGCGACCAGCAGCCGCGCGGCGCCGGCGGGGAGGACAAGGUCAGGAUGAUGGCGCGACAGAGCGUUGGCGCGCCCGGGGAGCCGCCCGGCGUCGUGCUCAGCGCCACCACCUCCGUCAGGCUGCCUAGCACGUCGCCGCAGCGCGUCUUCGACUAUCUCCGCGACGAGCAGCGCCGGGGCGAGUGGGACAUCCUGGCUAACGGCGAGGCCAUGCAGGAGAUGGACCACAUCGCCAAGGGCCAGCACCACGGCAACGCCGUCUCACUCCUCCGUCCCAACGCAACGAGUGGGAACCAGAACAACAUGCUCAUCUUGCAGGAGACAUGCACCGACCCGUCCGGCUCCCUGGUGGUGUAUGCCCCCGUGGACGUGCAGUCCAUGCACGUCGUCAUGGGCGGCGGCGACUCGGCUUACGUCUCCCUCCUGCCCUCCGGCUUCGCCAUCCUCCCUGACGGCUACAGCAAUGCCGUCACUCCGGACCCUACCUCUCAGCUGGGCUCGUCGCCGGACGUUCAAGGUGGCAGCAACAACAUCAACACCGGGUCACUCGUCACGGUGGCAUUCCAGAUUCUGGUGAACAACCUGCCGACGGCCAAGCUCACCGUCGAGUCGGUCGACACCGUGAGUAACCUACUCUCCUGCACCAUCCAGAAGAUCAAGUCCGCCCUGCAGGCAAACAUCAUCUCGCCCUAGCUUGGUAGCUAGCGGGCAUUUGACAUGGAUUCCGGCCAACGCACCAAUUCAACACCGGCCGGAUGCUACGUCAAAUGUCUAACUAGCUUGAUCACAAAGGUAGAAGAAGAAGAACAAGACUCAAGCAAAGAACUUAUAUAUAUAGUGGGGUGCAUGCAGAGAGGAAAAUAAAUUAUAUAGUGCGCAUAGAGGAAAAUGAAUGGGGUGCGACGCAAAGGGAUUAAGUCAAGAACGAACCGAGCGCUUGGCUUGCACUAGCUGAUAUGGUGCAUGGUUCGGGUAUUGACUUGAACUCUGGUGAAAAGACCCCCUAGGGCUUCGUUUACUAUAUUUUAGUGGUUUGAUUUAGUUAAUCUAUUGUUAUGUGAAGUUUUCACUUUUCUUUUACUCUCCAAAACGGGGGAAAUACAAUGUUUGUGUUUUCUUUAGCUGAUAAUGUUUGUCGUUUGUUGGUA